GGCAGCACGGUCGUUUUCGGUUGCGUUGGAAGGCGCCGGCGAUGCGUUGUAUCUAACGUGUCUGCUCGGGCAACAAAAUUUACAAAACAAUCUUGGAGGCACCUCUGGCCAGCGUGAUUCCGUCAGCCACAACGUACCGUUUUAAAUCGCCGUCGUCUCAACAAUGGCCAAGGGCUCUCUGAAAAGCAGGCUCGACGGCAAUUGCCUCGACUUGAGCCUGAACGAGCUCACCGAACCACCCGUGAAGGAACUCGCGGAACUACCGAAAGCUGUGAAGCUCGACUUAUCAUGCAACAAGAUCGCCGUGCUUCCCGAUGCGUUCUGCGCCUUGACGCAUCUCAAGGAGCUGGACUUAAGCAAAAACCAGCUGCGAGAACUGCCGACGAAUUUUGGCCGCCUCAGCGCUCUACAGAAGCUUGACCUUUACGGCAACAACUUGACCACGCUGCCUUUGAGCAUGUGCCGCUUGAAGGCUCUGCGCUGGCUCGACUUGAAGGGAAACCCGCUCGAACCCCGACUCAAGGCGGUCGCCGGAGACUGUCUCGACGAGAAACAGUGCCAACAGUGCGCCAAGAAGGUUGUCGAGUACCUUCAGGCACAAGAAUCGGAGCUGGAACGGGAGAAACAGAAGAGGCUCAGGGCCCAAAGAGAGCAAGAGGCGUUGAGGAAAGCGGAAGAAGAAAAAGAAGCAGAACGCCAGAGGAAAGAGAAAAAGGCUGAACGCGAAAAGAAGAAAGCAGAACAGCGGCAGAAGAAAGAACAGCAGUUCAAGCAGAAACAGGAGCUGUUGAAGGAGAUGGAAGUGGCCCAGGGGAAGCUCAAGCAGACAAAGAAAGAUGGAAAACCAGGCGUGAAACUGGCACCUGGCCAUAGCAAGCGCGGAGGGUGCUUCUCCAUGCUGAUGACGCUGGUGUUCACCCUUCUCCUCGUGGCGGUGUCCCUGUUCAGUGCGGUAGUGGUGCAUUCCUUUUACAAGCACAAGUAUCCAAUCACGUGGCCUUACGUGCAAGACGUUGCGCACCAGCAUUGGCGAACGGUGCAGGUCUACGCACUCCAGGGCUGGAACUUGGCUAGCGUGCAAGUGCAGUCAUGGACCAAAGAGAUUGUCCGCGUGGUCCAGGUUGCGGUGAAGGCCAAGAAGUGAUGAUGAUGUGGUUCCUCCCACUUGUGCGUUUCGUCAAUACAUUCACUCUUUUUUUUUUUUUCCUUAUAAAAGAAAAGGCUAUCUGCUACAGCAGCCCAGUGCCUAAUGCAUUGCGCAGCUGCACUCAAGGUCACAGGUUUGAUCCUGGCCACGGCGGCUGCAGUUUAAUGGAGGCAAAAUGCAGAAACACUUGUGUGCUUAAAAGUACUUCUUGUGGGGCUAGUUGUUGAAACAUAGCUAUAAAAUAGGCCCUAGUUCUGCCUCUUGCAUUUUGUGUUUGUCUUAAACAGGCCCUGCAACACUUUUCUGAGUAGCCAUGUUAUGGCUUCAUUAAAGGAGCUUAUUUCCUCACGAAUCAUCACCGUAAAAAUUUUUAGAAUCCGUCCAGUACGAGCGGAGUUAGAAAAAUUUGUUGCAUGCUGUGAUUGCUUUCUCUCUUCUCUCGUCCUGACGAAAGCGCUGGAAGCUAAGCAGGGAGGGGUGGCACGGGGGAAGAAGGUAUGUCACGCGCGCCUCGUGACCUUGAGGAUUUUUUUUUCUUCGAAUGCGUGGUGUACUUUCAGUGCAAUCGCGCAGGCAAGUGACGGCCUCCCGGCGGCUGCAGUAACUACCAAACGCGCCAUGUUCAAAUCAGCCAAUAGUGUGGCCAUUGGCAGUGAUGCCGUAAGCAUCAUUUUUGUCAAGAAAAGAGCAAGCGCUUUUUAGCUGACUUUGAGAAUUUAUUGUAAAUCCCAGGCCGCGUGCUACACUAUAAUGUUUGGCUUGUGUGUUCUUGGGAGCAUCGGCUACCGAUCGGCAGCGUUUUCUGACCAUGCUGAAAGCGUGUUUCAGGGCCCCUUCAAUAAGCACCCCUUAUUUUAUACUUGUGUACUUAGAUUUAUGUUCAUGUUAAAGAACUACAGGUGGUCAAAAUUAAUCCAGGGUCCCCUGUAACAGUAGACCUCAUAUUCGUAUUGUGGUAAUGCCACACAACACCUCGGAUUUUAAGGUUAUAAAAAGAUUUUAAGGAUGCUGUUAGGUGCGUGCAAAUAUUCAGAAUUUCAAGUGUGAAUCCGAUAUCGUUUUGAGCCGAUGUAUUGAACUUAAAAGCGUAACUUUUGUUUUUCUUCAUAUUUCUUUAUAUUUGCUUAGGUACUCUUGCAGAUGAAAAAUAUUGGUAUUUGAAGGCUGCACUUUCUUAAUAUACACAAAUCAAUUAAAAUAUUUUUUUUAUUUUG